UUUUCACAGCGUGUAGAUAAAACAUCAUGGCUUCCUUGAAAGAAAUUGUGAUUAUGUAUCAAAGUUUGAAGCGUGAAUGGGACAAGAAGCCAACAAAUUUAGACAGAUGCGGAGAACUGUUAUCUAAACUAAAAAUUGCAUUAACCCAGGUUUCCUUCCUACCUACAGAUGAUUCUGCUCCAUCAAAGCAAGAGCUUCUUGUUGCCAGAGAUAUACUGGAGGUUGGUGCUCAGUGGGCUAUAGCAAAGAGAGACAUACCAGCAUUUGAACGAUUCAUGGCACAGCUUAAAUGUUAUUAUAUGGACUACAAAGAUAAUUUACCGGAAUCCACAUACAAAUACCAGCUGCUAGGUUUGAAUCUCCUCUGCUUAUUGUCACAGAACAGGCUAGCAGAGUUCCAUACAGAAUUGGAAUUAUUACCUGUGAAGGAACUACAGAACAACAUUUACAUCAAACACCCUGUCUCAAUGGAACAAUAUCUAAUGGAGGGAAGCUAUAACAAGGUUUUUCUGGCAAGAGGAAAUGUUCCAGCAGAGAAUUAUAACUUCUUUAUUGAUAUUUUACUAAACACAAUCAGAAAUGAGAUAGCAGGUUGUAUAGAGAAGGCUUAUGAAAAGAUUGCAUUGAACGAGGCAGCUAGAAUGUUGUUCUACGAAUCUGUUAAACAGAUGAAAGAAUACGCAACACAGCGAAAAUGGGAGGUAAAACAAGAUGGGUUUUUCUACUUUGAACAAGAAGAAAAAGAAACAGAUGAAGUUAUCCCAGCCAUGGACCUAGCCCAGCAAACAAUAGAAUAUGCUAGAGAACUGGAAAUGAUUGUAUAGUGCUAUGUUCUUAUUUAUAUGUGCUUCUGAGGAUUGUGAUUGCAAAGAAACAAAAAUUGAGGAAUUCUUCAGCGAGUCCAAGUAUUCAGACUUUUUUUAACAAAAGUAAAGCGUUACAGAAUAGAUAAGCAUUUUAUUACACAUGGGAAAACUUUUAAAUCUCAUGUAUUCUUAUUGCAGCAUUUUUAAAGUUUGAGAGAUAGACAUUCUGAAAAAAAUACUAAGCAACUAAAAAUGUCAUCACAAAAGUGCUGCUGUAUUAGACGACUUGAUACUACUUUAAAUGGUUUAUAGAAAGUAAAUGUUUGUCCAUGAUCAUAAUGUGUUUAAUCUUUGUAUCAUUUUUUUUCUAUUGAAUGUAUGAUAAAAAUGUAUUUAAAUGUUA